UGCUGGGCGUCCAAGAUGGCGGCGCCCUGUAGGCUGGAGGAACUGUGAGGUAAACAGCUGAGGGGGAGGAGACGGUGGGGACCAUGAAAGACCCCAGAGUGACAGCCCUGGAAACCAAAGUGCCAGCUGUCCACCGAGCAGACUGCUCGUGACCCCAAUGAAGAGCGUGCAGAGCCUUGAGUGAAGUCCUGGAGCCGCCGACGGGUGUGCGAGCAAGAGCAUGGCUCAGCCAGCAAAUGUGGGGGAGCUCCUCUCCAGGCUAGACUCCCCCUUGUUGGCUGUGCGAGACGCCACCGCUGUCUUAAAAGAGAAUCUCAAUUCUGAUCGGGGUCCUGUGCUUGUGAACACCUUGGUGGAUUAUUACCUGGAAACCAACUCACAGCCGGCUUUGCACAUCCUGAGCACCUUACAGGAACCGCAUGACAAGCACCUCUUGGAUAAGAUGAAUGAAUACAUGGGCAAAACCGCCACCCGCUUGUCCACCCUCUCGUUGCUGGGGCACGUGGUCCGCCUGCAGCCGUCCUGGAAGCACAAGCUCUCCCAAGCGCCGCUCUUGCCUUCUCUACUGAAGUGUCUCAAGGUGGAUACUGACGUCGUCGUGCUCACAACAGGUGUCCUGGUGUUGAUCACCAUGCUGCCGAUGAUUCCACAGUCGGGGAAGCAGCACCUGCUUGAUUUCUUUGAUAUCUUUGGUCGUCUUUCAUCCUGGUGCCUGAAGAAACCAGGCCACGUGACGGAGAUCUACCUGGUCCACCUCCAUGCCAGCGUUUACGCCCUCUUCCAUCGCCUCUACGGAAUGUACCCCUGCAACUUCGUCUCCUUUCUGCGCUCUCACUAUAGUAUGAAGGAAAACUUGGAGACUUUUGAAGAAGUGGUGAGGCCAAUGAUGGAGCAUGUGCGAAUUCAUCCGGAGUUGGUGACUGGAUCCAAGGACCAUGAACUGGACCCUCUAAGGUGGAAGGGGUUAGAGACUCAUGAUGUUGUAAUAGAGUGUGCCAAAAUCUCUCUGGACCCUGCGGAGGCCUCGUCUGAAGAUGGCUAUUCUGUGUCCGAGCAGCUCGCCGCGCGGCCCGCUCGCCAUCCAGCCGACGUCACCGCCAGCCCUCACGCGGACACACAGAAUAGCUAUGGGAGUGCUACUUCUACCCCUCACCCCUCUUCUCGGCCGACGUUAAACACGCCAGGGCAGCUACCUCAGAGUUCUUCCCUGUCGACACGGCUGUUAGCUGAGCCGUCGCAAGCUGCGCUCUGGAGCCCAUCUACAGUUUGUGGUAUGACCACUCCCCCAACUUCUCCUGGAAACGUCCCAGCUGAGCUGUCGCACCCUUACAGUAAAGUGUUUGGUACAACUGGUGGAAGAGGAACUCCUCUGGGAACCCCAGCGACUUCCCCUCCUCCGGUCCCCCUCUGCCACUCGGACGACAUCGCACUGCCCCAGGCCACAGCCACACCACCCAGGAAGGAGGAGAGAACAGACUCCGUGAGGCCAAGUCUGCACAGGCAGCCUCACCUCGCCAACGACAGAGUGGGAGCAGAAGAGCUACAUGGCAACAAAGGUCCUGUGGCCCUCAGAGACCUCCCGGGGCUUUUGGGUGACCUGGCUUCUGAUGAAGACAGCAUUGAGAAGGAAGAAGCUGCGAUAUUUGAAGAACUUUCUGAGAUCACCACAGCUGAGGCCGACCCCGUGGCCCCCCGAGGGGGCUUUGACUCUCCCUUCGACCGCGACGGCCUCCCAGGUCCAACACGCAGGAUGCACUCGGCGGCCUCUGGCGCACAGGGCACCAGCGCCAACCCUGAGCCCCUACACUCCUCCCAGGACAAGCACGGGCUAGACACACCAAAGCAAGCCUUUACUCCCAUUGAUCGGCCCCCCAGUAGUGCCCACGACAGCCCCGCCAGGCACAGGGAGCGCCAGGCUUCGUCGGAGACGAGCAUCCUCACGCCCAGCCCUUGUAAAAUCCCCCGGCAGAGGAGCGUGGGCUUGGGAAGCGGGCAGCCACCCCCGUAUGAUCACCUCUUUGAAGUGGCCUUGCCAAAGACUGCCCAUCACUUUGUUAGCAAGAAGACCGCGGAACUGUUAAGGAAAGCGAAAGGCAACACAGAGGACGACUACGUGCCCUCGGCCUCCCCGGUGGAAGUGCUGGACAGGCUGAUCCAGCAGGGAGCGGACGCACAUGGCAAGGAGCUGAGCAAGCUGUCCUUACCCAGCAAGUCCGUCGACUGGACCCACUUUGGAGAUGAGAUCCGCACCCUCCGGGACCAGCUGCUGCUGCUGCACAACCAGCUCCUCUAUGAGCGCUUCAAGAGGCAGCAGCAUGAGCUCCGCAACAGACGGCUGCUGCGCAAGGUGACCGGCGCCGCGGCCCUGAAGGAGCACAACGCUGCCAUGAAAGAUCAGCUGAUGCUGCAGGAGGGAGACAUCCAGAUGUGGAAGGCCAGCCUGCAGCAGGAGCAGGCACGGUACAGCAAGCUCCAGGAGCAGCGGGACACGGUGGUCACCCAGCUGCACAGCCAGCUCAGGCAGCUGCAGCACGAUCGGGAGGAAUUCUACAAUCAGAGCCAGGAGUUACAGACCAAGCUGGAGGACUCCAGGAACACGAUCGCAGAGCUGCGCAUGGAGCUGAAGAAGGCCAACAGCAAGGUGUGUCACACGGAGCUGCUGCUCAGCCAGGUCUCCCAGAAGCUCUCCAACAGUGAGUCGGUGCAGCAGCAGAUGGAGUUCUUGAACAGGCAACUGCUGGUGCUCGGCGAGGUCAAUGAAUUGUACCUGGAGCAGCUGCAGAAUAAGCACUCAGACACCACCAAGGAAAUGGAAAUGAUGAAAGCUGCCUGUCGGAAAGAACUAGAGAAAAGCAGAAGCCACGUCCUCCUGCAGAGUCAGAGGCUCGACAGCUCGCAGAAGCGGGUCCUGGAGCUGGAAUCUCACCUGGCCAAGAAGGACCACCUGCUUUUGGAGCAGAAAAAAUACUUAGAGGGUGUCAAGCUGCAGGCAAGGGAACAGCUGCAAGCUGCCGAGAGCAGGUAUGAGGCCCAGAAAAGGAUUACCCAGAUGUUUGAGUUGGAGAUCUUGGACUUGUAUGGCAGACUGGAGAAAGAUGGCCUCCUGAGGAAACUUGAGGAAGACAAGACGGAAGCAGCUGAAGCAGCAGAGGAGAGGCUUGGCUGCUGUAACGAUGGUUGCUCGGAUUCUGUGGCGGGCCACAAAGACAAGGCGCCUGGUCACAAUGGUGAGACCAGGACCACCAGGCCCAGCAGCACUCGGGGGAGCAGCGGCGGCAGCAGCGAGCUUUCCACCCCAGAGAAACCUCCAAACCUGAGGGCAGGCCCGUUCAGCAGCCGGUGGGAAGGCAGCAUGGUGGGGGAGGCCGCGCCUGGCAUGCCCACCACCGUGGGCUCCCUGCCCAGUUCCCAAAGCUUCCUGGGCAUGAAAGCCCGGGAGUUAUUUCGUAACAAGAGCGAGAGCCAGUGUGAUGAGGACGGUGUGAGCAUCAGCAGCCUUUCUGAGGCUCUGAAGCCAGAGCUGGGCAAGGACUCGGGGGUGGAAGGCAAGACUGCCCUGAGCCUUGAUGGUGCCCGCCCGGCUCCCCCGAGCCCGGACGGUGUGGGCCAGCUGCGUAUCAUGGACUACAAUGAGACUCAGCACGGACACAGCUGAGGCUGAGGGUCAGUCAGUGUUAACCCGCAUGGCGUUGGCGUGGAACAGGAGGUGUGACCGCACGUUUCUAAGCUUUCCUGUUUCCGGGGUCUACGUGGCUAGCUCCCGAGCUGCAGGCGGGAGGGAGGGCCUGUGGACAGCUGACUGAAGGCGCAACGGUUUUUGAAUCCAGCAUUGAAAUGCCACUUCACGUUCCCCUGACCCAUCCCCGAGCCCCUCCUUCGGUGCCCGGCAGUGUGUACUAGGCCAGGUGCCAGCUUGAGUUCCUCAGUAGCUUUAUUUUUCCCUUCUCCCCAAUGGUUGCACCCUUUGAGCCUGUGCAAUAUGAGGCCAGAUGGAGCCCUGAGUCCAGCACACCACUCUGCUUUCCUGAAGCUCAGAGGGCAGGACGGGGUGGCUCUCAGAUAGGUGGUUGGUGGCCCACCAGGUAAGUCUGGGUUUGUCCCGCGAGGAGGAUGCCGCCUGCCAGGCGGAGCGGCUGGCCACGGGAGCUGCUCCCAAGGGCUUUUUCCUGCUCUCCGUUCUAUAGUUGAGCAUCUCAAGCAGCCAGUCUAGAAAACAAUGGUGUAUUUGCCUUGACCCUCUCUCGGUGGCUCUGAUAAGCUUCCUGGAAAGGUCUCCUGAGCAGACGUCUUGUUUCCAAACCGCAGGGCUGGCGCUGUGGGGCCCAGCCUCGUCCCCCACCCCUCCCUCGGCCCACCUCUUAUUUAUUUGGUGUUUGCUUGAGCGCUGGUGUGGUGCUGACCACAGGCUGGACCGGGUGAGGUGGGAGACAGCUGCUGCCUGCGGGAGGCCUGGGGCAGUCUGGGGCACCAGGGUGGCCCGAGGCGGUCAAGGCCGCAGCUGCCUGCACAGAGGUGCUCGCGUGGGAGUAGGGGCGCCUCCUGGAGCAAGAGAGCAGAUGUUUCACACCGACCCUAACGUGAGUGGGGCUCUCGCUCUCCAGGGAGCUUGUCUCUCCUUCCUGUGGCAGAGCCACGGAAGGCUGAGUCGGUUAGCCAGGGCUACCCGCCCCUGCAGGCUCCCAUGAGCGGACACCUGUCAGAACGCUGCGGGUUCAAGCAACGCUCCAGACGUAAAUGCUGGAAGACUCACAAGUGUGGCCUGGUGUUCUGGCUGAAGCAAGCGGUCAAAAUAAGAGAUACAGCCAGGAAGGGGUGAAGGAGGCCUCCAUGGUACGAAUUUUGCUGCACUCAGCAGUUGCCACCACAUGAGAGUAAAAGGCUUUUUCUUUUUUUCUUUUUUUUUUUUUCUUUUCUUUUAAUGUGGCAAAGAAACAUAUAUAUAUGUACUCUAGUCUCCCCAGCCGGAGGGAACUAGUGGACGGGAGCCUGCACGUCAAGGUGAUACUGGCAAGAAGACCUGCUGUGGACAGGAGCUGUGAGUGGAUUAGCUGACUCGCAGCGCCCAGGAGGUCGCAUCCCUGCCGCCUCAGCUCCCCCGAGGCCGCGCACCUGGGCGCACCUCGUGGGGUGUCUGUCACGCUUUUAACUCAGCUUUGUCCAAAGGAAGGAAGGCUUAAAGUGCAGUACUUUGCAGUUUCCUGGUUCCAUCGUAGGGAAGGACAGCGCAGACUCAGAAAGGAAAACGUUCCAGACUCCUAAUUAAGGCCAAUUUUUAAGUUCUUUCCCCUCCCGCCAGAACACACACAGCGGGCUCUGAAGGCGUGGCUUUCCUGGCAGGUGUCCUGGGGGACUGCAGGAGCACAGGGAAGGAAGGAGGCCAUUGGUGCCCAGGGUGCGCGGCCAGGGCUGGUGACCCAGCUCAAAGCCAGCCUUCUCCAGCAGGGCACCAGCUUGGGUUCCUCGAGGUCAGGAAACUGAGCCGGUGUCGCGGUGAAGUUCCCCACCCCAGGGCUCGACCCCCAGGGUCGGUUGGUCAGUUGGCUGGUCAGUCUGGUUUUGCUUUGAAAGUGAUUGUCUUGCUGAGAACUGGUCAUGCUACGGCAAAUUCUAAGCAUGCAGUGAGAUGGUGGAGGCACUCGCAGGGCGCCGGUCAGGCCUGGCCAGGACGUGAGCGUGCUCAGGGUGAUGGUGGCAGGGGGAGGAGCAUCAGGGUGAAGGGCAGCCCAGUGCUGCUGAGGCGGCUUGGGGUUCGGAACUGUCGGGGUCAGUGGUCAGGAAGAGCUAUGACCUGCUCUCCAGGCUGUCGGCCAGUGUGGUAGCCACCUGUCCCCUGCAUGGCAUAGUGUGCAGAGGGACCACAGCCUCUGGGGACAGAACUGUCUGCUGCAGAAGCUGAGCACGUGGGGCUUGAGGUGAUAGGUUUUUCUGUAGAUUUUAGAAAAGCAUUGACAAGGCAAUGCGGUGUUUACAGACUGUCACUGUGGGGUUGUGCACAUUAGGCAUCCCGGAGGCGGGAGGCACCGGCCUUGGAGGCGAGGGCCAGGACCGGCGUGCCUGAGGCGGUGAGGUGGACAGGCUGCUGACAGGAGGAGAAGUGCCUGACCUUUGGGGCUUUGCAGAGUCUGAUCGGGGCCACAGGUGCGGGUGUGAUGGAAGAGCCCCAUCGUUUCUGUCAUGUGGCCAGGGGAAACAGUUGGUGUUCUUCGAAGGUCCUAGAAGCCUCUGGCGAGGAGAAAAACG